AUGCGUUCUUUUCUACAAACGAUGAAAAGGUGGCGUGAGGAACGCAAUCUCAUCAAGAACCCAGCGAAACAGGAUGAUCAAAAGGUCAAAGCGUCCAUUGUCGCCCUGCACCACGAAGAACGUGAGUUCAUCGACAACGUGGAGAAACGGAACAAUGAACAAGUGCAAGCACUCCUCGCCGCCUUACACAAGUUACAAUGUAACAUGGACCCGCUUAUAGCCGCUCAGGUGUACAACAGUCGUUUCUGUCCCCUUACUAGCCGGUUUCCAGAUGAACUCCUCCUCUGUAUUCUCGACUCUUUACACGACGAUGUCGUUACGUUGUCUUGUCUCCGGAUGGCUUCAAGAAAAUUUCUUUACAUCAUUGGCAAUCAACUGCUGCGGCAAGACCCAUUUUCCGAUCUAUAUCAUCCUAGCCUGCUCUCGGAGGUUCCAAAAGGCCUGUUUCGGCGGCUAAUACAGAGGGAUGGCCGGUGCACUGACUGCAGGCAAUGGAAUGAAACCUGUGACCCUCGAUACUCUGAUCGCUGCAAAUUCCGGCCGAGAAGACAACAGGGAUCGGUUGAGUUGUGCAACCAUAUUCAAAUCACUUGGGCCGCUAUCAAGGCCCAUAUUGAUGACUGGCGGCGGCAGCAGCACUAUCGAGGAGGAGACUGGCAAGCCUGUCUUGAUAGCUUCAGCAUCGAGUGUCACGAUGCCAGCCAUGACAUACGCUGUACAGCCUCAGAGCCACCAACCUGGCCUCGGGCCCGUCUCAGCACCAUGUAUAUUGACAGCACCAACCUAGACACUGUGGUCCCCAAUCUAGAAUGGACACCUCAUAGCCGUAUCGAUACAAUGGCCCUCACCGCCAAUGGCCGAAUACCUGCACCAGAGCUAAGGUUGUUAUUCCACAGGCUUCGAGGUUUAGGCCCUGCCAACGCUUUGUACCCUUUGUCCCGUUUUGGCGAUCCGCCUGAAAUGGCAUUUUUCGGUCCACUUUCCCAUCUUCGGCAUUUUGUUCACUACCAGACUGGAGAAAAUGAUCAAACAAGACCUCUUCCAACCUUGAUCCCAUCGAUUCACACAGAUAUGGGAUUACAGCCACAUGUUUCUUCUAUAAACAGUGGUCAUGGAAAGAAGCUAACCAUGAAACUACAUCCCUUGAGAAGUACUGGUGCUGCUUCCAUCUCCUCGUACUGUAUUGUACUUCGUUACGAGAGAGAUAUAGUAAUCUGCAAGGCGAGGGACCUGGCAGAUCCUACUGUUGAGAUCGUUCCCACCCACUGUAAGGCCAUUACUUGUGUCAAUUACUUCAAGAGGCACAAAGGCCGUCAUCGCUGCACAGGCUGGGAUUGCUUCUAG